UCCUUUUUUAUUACACAGAUCUCAAUGUUUGGACUUUCUAGAACUGUCGGCUUGAGUCAACGCAUUGCGUUCGCUAGAUUGAGCUCGACACUGGCUUUUGUCGAGACUGCUGGCUCCAAAAUCACACCUUCGUCACUUUCGGCUUUAACUGCUGCCCAGGAACUGGGCAAGCCAAUUACAACUCUUCUAGUGGGGCCCCACGCUGCCGAGGCCGCCAAAGAAGUUUCCAAGGUUGCUUCUGUGGACAAGAUUCUGGUGUCGCCUUCUGAAAAGUAUGACCAUUACCUGCCAGAGCAAGUUUCUCCUUUGGUCGCCAGCUUAUUGAAAGACUCGGACUACACCAACUUUGUGGUUGCUGCGUCCACUGUGGGGAAGAGCUUCCUUCCUCGCGUCGGGGCCAUUCUUGAUUUACAGCCUAUUUCUGACAUUAUCAAAGUUGUUUCUCCAGACACUUUUGUGAGACCAACGUAUGCUGGUAAUGCGAUUUUGACUGUCAAGUCGAAGGACAGCCAGGUUUUGUUUUCGGUGAGAAGUUCUGCUUUUGCACCUGUUGAGCUGAAGGAUGCUCGCGACGUGCCUGUGGAGGAAGUUCCGUACGUCGAGGCGGGCAACAGUGCCGAGUUUGUUUCUGAAGAGCUUGUCAAGAGCGAGAGACCAGAUCUGGGAUCUGCCAAGAUCGUCGUUGCCGGCGGCCGCGGUCUCAAGAACAAGGAGGAGUUUGAUAGACUGAUCACGCCGCUGGCCGAGAAGCUGAACGCUGCCAUAGGCGCCUCGAGAGCCGCUGUUGACGCCGGGUUCUGCGACAACUCGUUGCAGGUGGGCCAGACCGGAAAAGUUGUUGCCCCAGACCUGUACAUUGCCGUUGGCAUUUCUGGAGCCAUUCAGCACCUCGCCGGUAUGAAGGACGCCAAGACGAUUGUGGCAAUCAACAAGGACGAGGAGGCCCCUAUUUUCUCUGUUGCCGAUGUUGGCAUUGUUGGCGAUGUCUUUGAAAUUGUUCCUGAACUGACUGCGAAAAUUUAGAGCACAGGGGAAAAAACCGCUUCGCCGCGCAGUGGCCGGAGCUUGAUAUAUAAGAAAGCGCUCAAUUUAGUUGAGUCUCAUAUUACACUUUGCUGAAUACAACUAAUUAACAUAGACAAUGACCUACGACAGAUCAAAGGAGAUGGAACAACAGGCCUGGGUGGCCGAAAGACUAAACAGCACUCCUGCCUUGUCUGCGCUAAACGGACUGCUUUCGUCGUUCCCCGUGGUGAAGAUCUUCACCUCUAACGCUGUUCCUCUUCUUAUCUGGAGAGAGCACAACCAGGCUGCCAGACUCGAAAAGAGAUACAAUCACUAAACGCACGUUCUGCUCUGCAUGGCGGGCCCUCUGUGCACGCUAUAGUUCAUUUUAUAAACUG